AUGGCAUGUCCCUCCUGUCCGUCUCCCUCCCCCAGUCUGACAGUCAGUACACUAAUCCAAUCCUCCUACCAGCUUUACUAUGAACUGGCCCAGGCUCUGCUGAAUGGAGAGACAGAGGUCCCAGAACUAGCCCAGCUACCACCUGGGGAGAGGGAUGCCAAGCUGGCCCAGCUCACCCAGGCCCUGGAGACCCUCACCCACGUGGCCAGACAGCUGCGUGCCCAGAGGGACAAGGGAGGAGCGUUGGAGCUGGAGGGGGUAGAGGUGAGGGCGCAGCUGGAUGAGGACAAGAACAUCACAGCCCUGGUGCCCAGACAACCACUGGAGGUCCAUGAGACGGUGGCAGAGUGCAUGAUCUAUGCCAACCACUGGGUGGCCCGUAAGAUCCAGGAGAGUUUCCCCCAGCAGGCCUUGCUGCGCCACCACCCGCCCCCACGCCAAGAGUUCUUCAACCAGCUACAGGACAGUGCCCGGGCACGCGGCUUCACCAUAGACACCAGGUCAAACAAGGCCCUGGCUGACUCCCUGGACCGGGCCGUGGACCCCCGGGACCCGCUGGUGAACCGGCUGCUGAGGGUGAUGGCUACCAUGGCCAUGUCUAAUGCCCUCUACUUCUCUACCGGAGCCUGCCAGGUCGACCAGUACUAUCACUAUGGUCUGGCUCUGGAACGAUACACCCACUUCACCUCUCCCAUCCGUCGCUAUGCCGACAUGAUCGUCCACCGCCUGCUCACCGCAGCCAUCGCCACGGAGAAGGGGGCGGGGCCAGCCAAGGCCUUAGCCAGUAACAAAGAGUUGGAGGAGGUGGCUCAGCAAAUCAACAACAAGAACAGGGCAGCACAGCAUGCCCAGAAGGUGUCCACAGAGCUUUUCCAGUGUCUCUACUUCAGAGACAAAGACCCAGAGACAGACGAGCGCUGUGUGGCCGACGCGGUCAUCUACACCAUCAGAGCCAACGGCAUGCUGGUCUUCAUACCACAGUAUGGCCUGAAGGGGGCAGUGUACCUGAAGAACAGAGAGGGCCAGGUGGUGAGUGAGAGACAGGAUGGAGGAUGUGACUGGCAGACUGGUUCUCUACAGAGAUACCUGGACCACAUCACUACCAUUACUGCUGCUGGCACCUCCACCUUCAACCUGUUCCAACACAUCACCGUGCGUAUCUCAGUACAACCAUCACGUUGUCACUCAGACACAAUCCGUCUGGAAGUGGUCAGCAACAGGCCCCACCAGGCCCCCGAGACUCAGGCCCAGACCCCCCAGCCCCAGGGGGCUAGGGGCCGGUCCCAGCUGGUCCAGGAGGUGGUUCGGCAGGCAGAGGAGGCUUCUCAGCAGGCGGAGGAGAAGAGGGGCCGGGCCUCCAAACUGUCCAAGGAGGAGAGAGAGUUCAGACAGAGUAAAUGUCCCAACCUCUACUCUCUCCUGGAGGAGGUCAGGGAGCUGGCCUUGCUGGACCUGGCUGCCUGUGGAGCAGGUGGAGGUGGUCUGGGAGCAGCCGCUCAGGCUUGUGCCACGUCAGCAUAGAUGAGGUGGAGAAGUAGGAGGAGGAACAGGUCUGGGAACAGCUGCUCAGCCCUGCGAUACAUCAACAUGGAUGAGGUGGUGGAGGAGCAGGAGGAACAACAGGUCUGGGAACAGCUGCUCAGCCCUGCGGUACAUCAACAUGGAUGAGGUGGUGGUGGAGGAGCAGGAGGAACAACAGGUCUGGGAACAGCUGCUCAGCCCUGCGGUACAUCAACAUGGAUGAGGUGGUGGUGGAGGAGCAGGAGGAACAACAGGUCUGGGAACAGCUGCUCAGCCCUGCGGUACAUCAGCAUAGAACUACAUAAAACUUCUGAUUCUGGGUCAGAUUAUUGUGGAGGAAGGGGGGCGGUUGAAGAGUAAGGAGGUGCAGGAGGCAGAGUAACAGGUCAACAUCAGCAUAAAACUUUAACACUGACUCGGGAUCAGAUUGUGGUGCUUUUCAUGGAUUUAACCUGCAUGCAGACCCUCUGGACUGACCAUCUUACUAUACAUCCUGGGUGUUAUCACCAUGGUUACCAGACUCUACUUAGGCACAUCUUUAGUCUUAUUAGGAAAAUGAACAGAUGAUUGAAGUUGUGAGAUGAGACGGAUGCAUGUAAUGUUAUAUACAUGAAUACACACUGAUUCAGGAACAGCUCUCAACAGGACCGUUACCAUAGAAACAUCUGGAACAAACAGCAGCUCUGGUCUCAACAGGACAGUUACCAUAGAAACAUCUGGAACAAGCAGCAGCUCUGGUCUCAACAGGACAGUUACCAUAGAAACAUCUGGAAUAGGCAGCAGCUCUGGUCUUAACAAGACCGUUACCAUAGAAACAUCUGGAACAAACAGCAGCUCUGGUCUUAACAGGACAGUUACCAUAGAAACAUCUGGAACAAGCAGCAGCUCUGGUCUUAACAGGACAGUUACCAUAGAAACAUCUGGAACAAGCAGCAGCUCUGGUCUCAACAGGACAGUUACCAUAGAAACAUCUAGAACAAGCAGCAGCUCUGGUCUUAACAGGACAGUUACCAUAGAAACAUCUGGAACAAGCAGCAGCUCUGGUCUCAGCAGGACAGUUACCAUAGAAACAUCUGGAACAAGCAGCAGCUCUGGUCUCAACAGGACAGUUACCAUAGAAACAUCUGGAACAAACAGCAGCUCUGGUCUCAACAGGACAGUUACCAUAGAAACAUCUGGAACAAGCAGCAGCUCUGGUCUCAACAGGACAGUUACCAUAGAAACAUCUAGAACAAGCAGCAGCUCUGGUCUCAACAAGACAGUUACCAUAGAAACAUCUGGAACAAACAGCAGCUCUGGUCUCAACAGGACAGUUACCAUAGAAACAUCUAGAACAAGCAGCAGCUCUGGUCUCAACAAGACAGUUACCAUAGAAACAUCUGGAACAAACAGCAGCUCUGGUCUCAACAGGACAGUUACCAUAGAAACAUCUAGAACAAGCAGCAGCUCUGGUCUCAACAAGACAGUUACCAUAGAAACAUCUGGAACAAACAGCAGCUCUGGUCUCAACAGGACAGUUACCAUAGAAACAUCUAGAACAAGCAGCUACAGUUUUUACAAAACAUUUCUCAUUUUCUGUAUUUGAUUGAACACAGAGAUAUAGAAUAGAUUCCACAUAAAUCGAUUCUCAGGCCAUAGUUUUUUCACUGAACUGUAUAAUGACAUCUGACACUGAGGACAAUGCCAUUGUACAGCCUGGUAUUGUAUUUUAACCUAAAUAUAUUUUUGUAAUAUUUUUGCCAGUUGGUAUCUUGUGAAAAACAAGUAUUUUCAAGUGCUCUAUUCCAUCGUAUAAUGUUUUAAAUGAAUUAAAGUGCAUUACCAAACCUGA